AUGUUGACGCCCCGAGUCGUCGUGAACUUCCCACCUGGAAAUGCACCUGAAACACACUCUCUCCCCCUUUCCUCCACCACUCAAUCCCCCCUCCUCUCCCUUCCUUCCCUGCAGCUGCUGGUGCGCUGGUGCGGCAACGCGUACGAGGAGAUGGUGAAGGAUGCGGAGCGCAAGGCGAGGGACCACGAGCGGCUGAAGCUGGAGCGCGACCAGCGGUUCCAGGAGUGGAUGCAGUGCCGCCAGGAGAAGUUCAUCAAAGAGAAGGAGCUAGAGGCGGAGUGUGAGAAGGUGCGCAAGCUGCAGGCGUCAGAGUUUGACCGAGAGAGGCUGGUGAUGCGCGCCGAGUGCGACAUGGAGCUCACUCUGCUGCGCGCCGAGCUGGACGCCUGUGAGAUCAAGCUAAGCAACAAGGAGCGGGCAGUAUGCGAGAGGGAGGUGGUGGUGGAAAGAGCUCUUUGCGACCAUGCUAAACGGGGUCUGGAGGCCAACACUACGGCGUGCAAGCACCGCACGCAGGUCACCGACCUCACCCGCCUGGCAGAGCUAGAAGACACGGCGGAGCGGGCGGCACGGGACCACGAGGAGUGGGCGGCGGAGAGGGAGCGGCUGCGCAAGGAGCUCAAGGCCUGCCGCCCGGCACGGGCGCAUGCGGAGGCACGGCUGAGGGAGGUGCUGGCGGACGGGACGAUUGACUCUUUGGAGCACACUGUGGUGUGGCUGCAGGUGCUGCUGGGAGUGCAGGCGCUGGUGCUGCUUGUGAUGCUCUCCUUCCUCUUCUUCCUGCUGCUGCACGAGGAGAAUCCCACGGGAGGGGGCGCGUAUGGGUGGGUGGCAGUGCAGGCGGCAUCCAAGAUGCGCCUGGUGCCGGCAGAGGUGGCGAAGGAGACGCUCAUGAAGGCGUUUGAGGGGCGCAGGAGGACUCGCCUGCCCAUCGUGCUCACCACCGUGGCCAAUUACGAGGCUGACUCUGGCAGCCCCACAUUGGUCUUCCUGCUGGCGCCUGUCAACGUGGCAAGCUCCCGGCGCUUCUCCCUGUUCAACCAUUCGGGCGACUAUGUGACGCAUGCAGAGAGGGCGCAGGAGAUAGUGGCCAAGGCCCUACCCAAGUCGCGACUGGUGGUGGUGCUCUAUGAGGGGUGCGGGGGGCUCUUCACAGAAGCCACGCUGGACUCGCUGCGACUCAAACCAGACAAGGUGGCAUACGAGGUGAUCCCCAAGGACAUGGAUUUCCCCAAGAGCCACAACCUGGUGGUGCCGUGGGUGGAUAAGACGGAGGGGGUGAAGACGACAGACAGCGAGAGGGAGAGCGACCUGUCGUCGGUGAUUCGCGCGCAGCCGUGGGCCCAGUACCUGCUGGGGCGGAGCGGGCGGAUAGGGCAGCUCGCGUACAUCCUUCCCCCUUCCCGUGAGGACCAACCCACCCCAGAUACCACCUCCACCUCUCCCUCCUCCCCUCCCUACCUCCUCCUCGUCGCCCCAGGCGGUUUCAUCCCCGCGCUCUCCUACCUCCCUCUCAUCCGCGCUAUAAGAUCCACCACUCCCCCGUCUGUGCGCAAGCGCCUGUGGGUGGCUGUACUGAACGAGGUCACACUUCUGGACCAGGAGAAAGGGAGGAUGUGGGCUCGGGACGGGUAUGAGGCGGCGGUGAAAGCGGUCAAGGAGAUGGGCGCGGAUGUGACUAAUGCGGGCGGCACGUCGCGGGUGUUUGUGCUGGGACACAGCAUCGGAGCCUUCCUCAUGACAGCAGUGGUGCGGGAGAAAUGCCUGGCGCUCAUCAGCAUCGGCUCCUCACACAACAACCUAGAGACCUCCUUCCUGCAAUUCCCAAGGCCAACGCUCAACAUCCUCGGAGACAGGGACGGCCAGGCUCCCCCCAUCGCCAUGGCGCUAGCAGUCAAGGAGCUUGACCCUGGAUCCUCAGGUGUUUCCUCAGGUGAAUUUUCAGGUAAUUCUUCAGGUGGUUCUUCUGUUGCUGCUGCUGCACCUGGCAGUGCGACAGCAGCAGCGCUGGGGCCACUGCUGUCCAUUGUCCAGAAGCCAGUUGUGAUUAUAAAGGGGAUGAAUCACGCACAGGGGGGGAACGGGGUGGUGAACAAACAGAGGGGGGACCUGGAGGCGUCUCGACCAAUAGAGGAGGUGCGGGAGGAGAUUGGACGGCUGGUUUCGGCUUUUAUGCUUCUUCACCUGCACUCGGACAGUGGCUGGGCGCCGUUGCUUCUGGCGGGACAGGAGGGGUUGCGUAAAAGAAUGGCAGGGGCGGAAGGGGCAAGGGGAGGAGUGGGAGGGGACGGAGGGGAGGAGGAGUGCGUGGAUGAGGCACAGGAGAGUGCCGUGAAGGUGCUGCAGGGGGCGGUGGAAUGGUCGUUGGAGUACCUGCGACCAGUGUGGAAGGCCCUGGAGAUGGAACGGGAGGAGCCUCAGCACGUGCUGGACAUCAUUCUCUCCCACGCAGGCCUAUCCACCUCGCUCCCCUCACACACCAUCUUCCAUGCCUUCAUGCCCGACUUUCUGCGCUCCAAGCCCGACCUCCUCACGUCCACUGGGGGCUCCUCCCAAGCAGACUCCUCUGCUCCCACUGUGCUGCAGUCUGCAUGGCUGCAGUCGCAGGGUAAGUUCUGGCCGUGCCAGCCGCACACCCUGUGGGUCAAGUGCAAGAGCGCCGCUGCUAUUAAGGAGGCUCUUGGCUUGCAGCUUGCGGGAGCAGGGGAAGACACAGGAAUGAUGGCGGUGGCUCCAGGAGCAACAGCUGGAGCAGCAGGUGAGGGAACGCCCUCUCUUGGAGCUGCGUUGUCGGCAUGGGCGGCAGUGGCGCCAAUGGAAGUGCGCCACGUGGCAGCGGCGAUCAACGAGGCGGCAAUCCAGCGGGCUCUGGAGAUGGUCCACCCGUUUGCUAGAGAGAGGUAUGAGAGAGAGGGGAAGAAGGUGGUAUUUGGGGAGGAUAAGAUCGUGCCGAUCGAUGAGUGGAUCAAAUCUGAUGUGGAGUGGUUACCUAAGGAGGGCUUGAAGGAAAGAGAUGCGGAGGAUGAUAAGGAAGGAGUAAUUGGAGAAAGAGGGGUUGUGGUGGUGAGGUCGCCUGUUUUGAUUACUGCUGAUGAGAUUCUUCCCGCGGAGCUGAAGGGGAGGUUUGGGGGAAUGCACUAUGUGAAGGUGAUAACUGAAGCUCGUGCCAUGCAGUGGAUUAUGCUUGAUGCCUUAAGCUACCCUGCGUGUGCGCGCUGCACGCGCUCGCUGUCGGAGUACACGGUGCAGGGCCAGCAGGUCGCCACGUGGCGUCCGUGGCCGUGCAGCGAGUGCCAGCUGUCAGACCGCUCCGCGAAGCCGCUAGAGACCAUCAAGCGGCAGACACACCUGUUCAAGCUCAAGCUGCUGCUGGUUCUACCAGGGGAGUCCCACCCAGUGUCCGGUGUGGCGUUUGACAAGGCAGCUCAGCCCCUCAUAGGCUGCACCGGAUCCCAGUGGACUGCCUUUACUCGCAAAUACCCCCAUGCAGCAUGUGUGUUGUCGGAGCUGCUGUGUGGCAUGGCAUGCUGCGUGCAGAUGAGGGACGCCGUGCGGGGCACAGGCCACGAGACCAGGCUCACUCGCAUCGUCCCACUCCCCCUCUCACACUCACCACACUCCCCUGCUCUCCCAUCACACUCUCUCUCACACACCACUGAAGCGUCUAGGGUGCCGUCGCCUUUUGCGCAGCUCCAGCUGCUGUUUGGGGAGGCCGAGCAGGGUGGAUGGGGCUAG